AGAGGUGCACGAGAGCGCGCGCGCCGCGCCGCGCCUCGCCUCGCUGAUCCGGCAAGCAAACCGCGGCGCCGCGACGCGACGCGAACCCCGCCGCGCCGCGAGUGUGGGGGAGCACGAAUGGUAGCCGGCCGCGGUUAGGUAGGUGGGCGCCGCGGGGUGUCGAUAGCUCCGGAGGGUGGGGGUGGGGGGAGCAGAUCCAGAUCCAGCGAGGGCGCGAGCAAUGGCGGCGGGGGCGGUGUCGGCGCUGUUCCUGCUCGACAUCAAGGGCCGCGUCCUCGUCUGGCGCGACUACCGCGGCGACGUCUCCGCGCUCCAGGCCGAGCGCUUCUUCACCAAGCUCCUCGACAAGGAGAGCGACGCGGAGGUGCUCUCCCCCGUCGUCCACGAUGACGCCGGCGUCUCCUACAUGUUCAUCCAGCACAACAAUGUGUUCCUCCUCACCGCGUCCCGUCAGAACUGCAACGCCGCCAGCAUACUCCUCUUCCUCCACCGCGUCGUCGAUGUGUUCAAGCAUUACUUCGAGGAGCUGGAGGAGGAAUCAUUGAGGGACAACUUCGUCGUUGUGUAUGAGUUGCUUGAUGAGAUGAUGGAUUUCGGGUACCCACAAUACACGGAAGCAAUGAUCCUGAGCGAGUUCAUUAAAACGGACGCGUACAGGAUGGAGGUCACUCAGAGGCCGCCCAUGGCAGUGACAAAUGCUGUGUCAUGGAGGAGCGAGGGGAUUCGGUACAAGAAGAAUGAAGUGUUCUUGGAUGUGGUGGAGAGUGUCAAUAUCCUCGUUAACAGCAAUGGGCAGAUAGUGAGGUCUGAUGUCAUCGGUGAGCUGAAAAUGCGAACCUUUCUAAGUGGAAUGCCCGAGUGCAAACUGGGGUUGAAUGAUAGGGUUCUCUUGGAGGCUCAAGGCCGAACAACUAAAGGAAAAGCAAUAGAUUUGGACGAUAUCAAAUUCCAUCAGUGUGUUCGGUUGGCCAGAUUUGAGAAUGACAGGACUAUAUCCUUCAUUCCUCCAGAUGGAUCAUUUGAUCUGAUGACUUACAGACUUAGCACCCAGGUGAAACCUCUUAUCUGGGUAGAAGCACAAGUGGAGAAACAUUCAAGAAGUCGGAUACAGAUCACAGUGAAGACAAGAAGUCAGUUCAAAGAAAGGAGCACAGCAACAAAUGUAGAAAUUGAAGUACCAGUGCCUGAGGAUUCGACAAACCCAAAUAUAAGAACUUCAAUGGGCUCUGCGGCAUAUGCACCUGAGAGAGAUGCGAUGGUCUGGAAAAUAAAAUCAUUUCCUGGUGGCAAGGAAUAUAUGUGUAGAGCAGAAUUUAGCCUUCCAAGCAUAACAUCAGAAGAUGGAAUGCCUGAAAAGAAGGCUCCGAUACGUGUGAAAUUUGAGAUACCGUAUUUUACCGUGUCGGGUAUUCAGGUUCGCUAUCUGAAAAUCAUCGAAAAGAGUGGAUAUCAGGCCCUUCCUUGGGUUCGAUACAUCACAAUGGCUGGUGAAUAUGAGUUGAGACUCAUCUGAUUUUCACACCUCUGGUUGCUGGAAGAAAUGAUUGAUUUCCUGGAGUCCAAGCCUCCCAGGGGGCGUUUACAGAGGCAACUCAGACGAACAUUCACUCGCUGGAUGGGCUCCCGAGGCUUCAUGGUUCCAUCUCGCGCAAGCGAGGAAAGCUGCUGACAGCCAUGUUAUUGAUUUUACCCAUGUUUUGCUGCAAGUUUGUCAUCAGUAUAGGUCCCCAGAAUCUUCAUUUCUUUUCUGCGUUUUGUUCCCAGCCGAUAUCUCUUGUAUCAUUGUAAAAUUUAUUUAAUCAACUGAUGUCACAAGCUUGGAUUUUUUUUUGUAUCUCCUGUACCUAAUUAACAAGCUUGGAUCAUGUAUACCACUAUGUAUAUCUCUCCUUUCCAUCAUGCUUUCUUGUGUCAA